AUGCCUCACCUGACCGAAACGCGCGCCCCCACUGCGCGUGCAAUUCGGCAUGCGUUCGCGGCCCCUCUCCACAGCACCUCGACUGCCAACGCCCUCCACCACCUACACUCGCCACCUCGACCACCACGCGGACCUACCGUUCGAACGCCAAUACCGCGCCUAGCCUACCGCAAAACACGCGCCCCCGCCAUGCGUGCCGCCACCUCGACCAUCUCGCCCACACUUCGUGACCACACCCAGGUCAACCACCGCGCGGACCUCCCGUUCGAACGCCAAGGCCACACCUGGCCUCCCGCAAAGUGCACCCGCGCAGCGUGCGCAAUUUCCUCGACACUCUCGCCCCCGUUUCAGGACCGCGCCCAGACGGCAAAUGCCAACUGGCAUGCCCCAACAGUCGCACUGCGAACAACUCCCACCUCCCACCACUGGCAGCAAACGCAAGACGAGGCAUCCGUCGCCGUCCAUGCCAGUGCCUUCACCCGCAAAAAGGCAGAAGCCUGA